CUUCUUGUCAAAUCCAGCUUGGGCCAGAAGCCUGAGGGCCACACAGAAGUUGGUGAGCUUGCAGGCAGGUUCCUCACCCCUGUGGCCAUGGGCGGCAACAUUGGGCAACUUGGCAUUCAUACCUAUAAGUCCCUAGCUGCGGAUGACCCCUUUGACCCUGUGGAGCCACCCAAAAGACCCACGAGCAAUCUCAUCAUGCACAGCAUGGCCAUGCUUGGCCGGGAGUUUUGCUAUGCGGUGGAGGCCGCCUACGUGACCCCGGUGCUGCUCAGCGUGGGGCUGCCCAAGAGUCUGUACAGCACGGUGUGGCUCCUCAGCCCUGUCCUGGGAUUCCUGCUGCAGCCUGUGGUGGGAUUAGCCAGCGACCACUGCCAGGCCAGGUGGGGCCGGCGGAGACCAUACAUCCUCACCCUGGGCCUCAUGAUGCUCUCGGGCAUGGCUCUGUACCUCAACGGGGACGCCGUUGUAUCAGCUUUGAUUGCUGAUCCAAGAAGGAAGCGGAUUUGGGCCAUAACCAUCACCAUGAUAGGUGUAGUUGUCUUUGAUUUUGCUGCUGACUUCAUUGAUGGGCCCAUUAAAGCCUACUUAUUUGAUGUCUGCUCCCAUGAGGAUAAGGAGAGGGGCCUCCACUACCAUGCCCUCUUCACAGGUUUUGGAGGUGCCUUGGGUUACCUUUUGGGUGCCAUCGACUGGGCUCAUCUGGAGAUAGGAAGAGUGCUGGGCACAGAAUUCCAGGUCAUGUUCUUCUUCUCUGCCUUGGUGCUCACUUUGUGUUUUAUUAUUCAUCUCUGCAGUAUCCCUGAAGCCCCACUUAGAGAUGUUACAAAGGACACAUCCCCACAGCAAGCCCCCCAGGACUUUCCAUUGCCAUCAGACAAAAUGUACCAGUAUGGGUCUAUUGAGAAAGAUAAAAACAGUUCUGUAAACCCAGAGCUGGCAUUGAAGGGAGAAAAAAACAAAAAUCCUGCUGAACAGACUAGGAAGGCAAUGACCAUAAAGUCACUGCUGAGGGCGCUGGUGAAUAUGCCUCCCCACUACCGCUGCCUUUGCAUCAGCCACUUCAUUGGAUGGACUGCCUUCCUGUCUAACAUGCUCUUCUUUACAGAUUUCAUGGGCCAGAUUGUGUACCAAGGAGAUCCCUACGGUGCACACAACUCCACAGAGUUUCUCCUCUAUGAAAGAGGGGUCGAGGUUGGAUGUUGGGGCCUGUGCAUCAAUUCCGUGUUUUCCUCACUUUAUUCUUACUUUCAGAAACCUUUGGUAUCCUACAUCGGAUUAAAGGGUCUUUAUUUCAUGGGGUAUUUGCUAUUUGGCCUGGGGACAGGAUUUAUUGGGCUUUUCCCGAACGUCUACUCCACCCUGGCUCUGUGUACCUUGUUUGGUGUGAUGUCCAGUACUCUAUACACUGUGCCCUUUAACCUCAUUGCCAAGUACCACCGCGAGGAGCAGGAGGAGAAGAGACAGCAGGCCCCGGGAGGGAGCCCGGACGGCGGUGGGAGAGGGCAGGGCCUGGCCUGCGCUGUCCUCACCUGCAUGGUGCAGCUGGCUCAGAUCCUGGUUGGAGGUGGCCUGGGCUUUCUGGUCAGCAAGGCUGGGAGCGUCAUCGUGGUGAUCACGGCCUCUGUGUUGGCGCUGAUUGGCUCCUGUUUUGUGGCUCUCUUUGUUAGAUACGUGGAUUAGGUCAAUAAACAUUGUCCCUUCCCUCAGACACAGGGAAGUCCAUGGCAGGAAAUCAGUCUCUUUUUUGGCUCCGCAGUUUUAGGAUCUGCCCAUUGGAUGCCCUGUGAUAAGACCUCAGCCUCAGCGGUCUGCCCACACCUCACUUUCUGCCAGCUCUCUGCACAACAGUUUCCAGGUUUCGGGCAUCAUUUAUCUUAGAAAAGACUGGGCUCUGCCUCCAUUCACUGGGGCAAAGGUUGAGUGUGGGAGAGAGUGCCUCCAUCUCAGGCUAUUUCUGGCCUUGACAAAAUUCGAGAAGCAGACUGGUUCUACACACGACAAAUUGGGUUUAUUCUAUCAUGUGUUUUUUUUUUUUUUAAUCAGAGGUCCGUAUUUUGUCAGAGGGUCAUAUUUUUCAUUAGUUCACCAAUACUCAAAAUACUGCUGAUUUAUUUUAUGAUAUUAAUUUACUCAAAUUUAAUUCAUAUUUAAUUUGCUCAUAUAGACAGAUAGUCCCUGACUUACAAUGGUUCGACUUAA